UGUUGACAUGACAGGCCCUAGUGCUGUGCCCUGGCCAUGUUCCGGAGACACAAGCCCAGCACUCCAGAGCACAAGAGGAACCCUGCCGUUCAGGGAUCUGCACUACCAGUGGCCCAGAAUGACAUGAGGUCUUUCUUCAGCUUGUCUCAGCUGGUCCUUUCGGCUGGCCAUCUAAGACCACCUCCCAUCCUCAGGCAUUCAAAAAUCACGUACUUUGAAGUGGAGAUUCUUGAUGCCCAAAGCAAAAAGCAGAUCUGUGUAGUGGACAAGAUACCACCUUCAUCUACUCUUCUUGAUGUAAAACAUAAGUUUCACAAAGUAUGCCCUCAGUGGUACCCGUCUCGCAUAGGCCUGCGACUUGAACGCAAUGGGUCCUAUUUGAAAGAUUCUGUCAACAUAAAGAGCCUUGCAGCCUCUUCUAUCAUUACCUUGUAUUUCACAGACAUGGGCCAGCAGGUCAGCUGGACAACAGUUUUCCUCACUGAAUAUACUGGCCCUCUUCUAAUCUAUCUGCUCUUUUACCUUCGUCUCUCCAGCAUUUAUGAUGCAAAAGAGAGUGCCAGAAGCAUCCGCCACCCCAUAGUUCACCUGGCCUGCAUUUUCCAUUGUUUACACUAUCUUCGACAUCUUCUGGAGACACUUUUUGUGCACAAGAUUUCUGAAGGGCAUACGCCGCUGAAGAACAUGAUCAAGGGCUGUACUUUUUAUUGGGGAUUUACUUCCUGGAUUGCCUAUUACAUCAACCACCCACAAUACACUCCUCCUUCAUUCGGGAAUAGGCAAGUAACUUUUGCUGCCCUUACAUUUCUGGUAUGUGAAGCUGGAAAUCAUUUCAUCAACGUCGCUCUAGUCCAUCAGAACCAAUCAGGAAAUAAAGCCUCUUUUCCAGGCCCAUCAAUCAACCCGUUCACAUGGCUGUUUACACUGGUCUCCUGUCCAAACUAUACUUAUGAGAUUGGCUCUUGGGUUAGUUUUACAUUAAUGACGCAAACUCUGCCAGUGGGCGUUUUUGCACUGCUAAUGGCAAUCCAGAUGGCCCUUUGGGCCCGGAAGAAGCAUCAACUGUACCUGAAGAGGGGGAUUUCUUCUCGCUGGAGAAAAGCAGCUAUGAUUCCAUUUGUAUUGUGAAUGCAAAAAGAUUUGGCCUGGAACUACUGGGAGUAUUCACUCCAUUUUGUUAUCUAAAUGGGAUUUAGCAGGGCAUUGAGAGAUUUUCUAAACAGAUUAACAUUUCAUAAGAACAUACGAGUAGUCAUGCUGGAUUAGACCAGUAGCUCAGCACCUUUUUUUAUAUCCUGGCCAGCUACUCUGUGGUGAACUCAAGGACUAGCACAACGAGAGGGCAGGUGCUUUGCAGGAGGGAGUUCCAGCGCCAGCCCCUGCAUCUCCAAAGGGUCCAGAGCAGCAAGAGAUGGGAAGGCUCUUUCUGUGCCCUGGUACUAGUCUGGAGGAUAAGCAGCAUUGUGCUGUGAAGUCCAAAGAUCUGACUCAUGCUAAAGCAGCUUGAGAAGCUGAAGGGCUUCUAUGUGCCCAGGGCUAUUUCUGACUUCGGUUUCACAGCAGGAUCCCCGUAGCACAUAAAUAACUGCUGUUGAAAUGCUCUCUGCUAAAAAAAAGUAGUUUGUUAUGUGGCGUGACAGGCCGUUGUUAUAAGGCACUGUGGAUCCUGGCCCAAAUGAGGGUGUGUUCUCCCCCGCCCCCAAA